UACAUAUUACAUAUAUUGGUGAUUCCAAGUAACUGUAGGUAGCGCUAGUUCUUAUCACGGCUGAUAAUGAAAUGUAGGCACAUGCUCAAUGCUCAUGGCACUAGGCAGUGUGCCAGUGUAUAGUGCAUAGUAGUCUUAUUCAAUUAAUAUUCAAUUCAGUUUCACUUUCAUUAUUCAAAUCUUAUUAAAAUGUUUAUAUCUAUAAUAGAUCUUAUAGAUAUAAUUAAUUAUAUUGGUGACAGUAAAAUACCGUUGAUUGAAGGUACAGAAAUUCUUAAAUGCAAUCAUAUAAUUGAAUUUGGCAUUAAAGAACAAUCUGAAAAUAAAGUUGUGUUCAUAGCAUUAUGCCUACAAACAUCAAACUUAAAUGGGAAUCCUCAUGAAAUUAUUAUAUCAAAAACAAAUCUAGACUUUAAUACUACUAUAAAUGGUUCAUGUAGUUGUAAAGCUGGCACUGGCAAGUGCAAACAUGUUGUAGGCUUUUUGCUCAAACUUCAAAAAACUUCAGAAGAGGACAUACAACAUUUAAGUUGUACCGAUCUUCGUCAACAAUGGGGCAAAAUGAAAAAUACUGGUAUUCAUUUGUAUAAACCGAUACCUAUAAGAGAAUUUUGUCAUGUUAAAUGUCCUACUGCUUCUUAUAAACAAAGUUUACCAAACUCGCUACCACCUGACCUUCAAGAAGAAGUUUUUCAAACAUUGUUACAAGGUUUUCCAGACUCGGCAAUAUCAAUUCACCUAAAAGGUCGCCAUAGUCCUCGAACUCGAUCACUAGACACUACAACAAGUACAUCUAGUUUUGAUAAAAAUAACUUCUAUACAAAAUUGGUAACUGCACAUUCUUCAGUAAUCAAAGAUGAAGCACAAAAUAUACUCGAGUUAACGAAUAAUUGUUCCUCAGAUGCUAUACAUUUUUAUAAAACAAAAGUAGAAAUUAAUAAACAAGAAUCGAUCAAUCUGUGUAGUAGUACAUUAACUCAAAUGGGACCAAUAUGGCUUACAUCUCGUAAAUUGAGAAUCACUGGAAUUGUUGUUAAUAUUCAUUGUCCUUGGUUAGGAUUUAGUCCAGAUGGGUUUUUUAUAUCUGAUAAUGAAAUUUAUUUAAUUGAAAUCAAGUGUCCAGUCAUGG